AUGUCGACUGAAGCUGCUAAGUCGAGGGCUUCGUUCAAACUAGAGAACGAUCCGGACGCUACGGCGGCUGCUACCCCCGCCAUGUCAACGAAAGUGGAGGUAAACGAGAUAGACGCAAUCAGAGAAAAAGGUAAAACCACAGUUGAGGACGUCGAAGCAUCUACCAAGCCUGCCAACGCCAUAAACGAAUCGGACCUCCUCACAGGCAAACGUCUAUGGCUUGUCUGGUCGGCUUUCUUGCUCUCCGUUCUGCUCGUCGCUUUGGAUAACACAAUCGUCUCCACGGCUCUACCAAAGCUUGCAUCACAUUUCAAUGCAUUGGAUCAGUUGACGUGGAUUGUGUCCGCCUAUCUGCUCACUCAAGCUGGCUUCAUCCUCAUCUUCGGACAAAUCUUGACCAUUGUCCCGACCAAAUGGAUCUACUUGUUCGUUAUUGCCCUCUUCGAGAUUGGCUCUCUCAUUUGCGGAGUUGCCCCUUCGAUGAACGUCUUGAUCUUCGGACGUGCCGUUGCUGGUGUCGGAGCGAGCGGCAUUUUCACCUCCAUCCUCACCGUUGUCUCGUACGCGACCAGGCUGGAACAGAGACCGCUCCUCUUCGGCACUUUUGGAGCAGUCUUUACAUUCGCAUCAGUGGUCGGCCCAUUGCUUGGAGGCGUCUUUACAGACAAAGUCAGCUGGAGGUGGUGUUUCUACAUCAAUCUCCCUCUUGGCGCACUCGCAAGUUCAAUCGCGGCUGUUGCAUUCCUUCUCCCAGUUCGGGCCGCCACACCCAACAAACUCUACGAUGGACUAACGACAGCACAAAAGUUCCGGAAACUCGAUUUCGUGGGCGGGUUUUUGUCACUCGCAAUGAUCACGCUAUUCUUGAUCCCACUCCAAUGGGGAGGCAAUACGCGUGAAUGGAACGAUCCGGUCGUCAUUGGUCUUCUCGCUGGAUUUGGCGCGCUUUUGAUCAUAUUCCUUCUCUGGGAGUGGCGCAUGGGGGAAUAUGCUAUCACUCCAUUCAAGAUGUUCAAGAAUCGAACUCAAUCCGGCGCAUCCGUCGAACUCUUCUUCAUUUUCUUUGCCUUUUUACUCCUGGUCAUCUAUCUUCCAUUCCUUUACCAGGCCAAAGGCCGUACGGCGGUCCAGUCUGGCAUUGACAUCAUCCCCCUCCAGCUCGCAAGCAUUCUAGGCAUUGCUGUGAGCAGCACAGUUAUUCGUGCAACGGGUAAAUACAAACCGUGGCUCAUUGGCGGUCCUUGGUUUGCAGCAAUUUCGGGUGGCCUAUUUUAUACUGUCGACGUUCACACCUCGAAUGCCAAGCUUAUUGGUUACCAAAUCGUCUUUGGCUUCGGUACAGGCUCGGCUUUCCAAAAUACACUGAUUGCCAUCCAGGCCGAGUUCAAUGAUCAACCCGAGCUGAUCCCACAGGCCAGCGCCGUCGCAAGUUUUGCCCAACUCGUCGGAGGGACACUCGGAAUCGCAGUAGCCGGGACCAUCUUCUCCAAUCAACUCGUGCGGAAUCUUUCGGGACCCAUUGGUGAUGCACUCGGCCCUCAACUCGUGCGGGCUGUUCGCCAGAGCGUUACUGUCGUUUUUUCUCUCCCAGCAGAACAACGUCAGCCGGUCGUCGACGCAUAUGUCGACGCGGUAGCGACAAUGCUCGUGACCAUCGUCCCGGUGAUGACUAUUGCGGGUAUUUCCGCAUUUGCCAUUCGAGAUUGGAAUCUCAAGGAGCGCGGAGGUGCUGCGGGAGACAACCGUCUCAACAGGCCUCUCACGUUCAAAGAUGUCAGCUACAAUUCCCAAGCCCAGCUCCUCAAAGAGCCAACCGUGACGACGACUGUCACGCCAGCAAUGUCAACCACAGAACAAGUAACGGAGGCGCAUGUAAACAAUGGUCCAAGUAGCCUAGAGAAGGCUUCGACAUCCGCUCAAAACCCAAUGGAGUCGGAUAUCCUCACCGGCAAGCGUUUGUGGUUCAUCUGGUCCGCUUUCUUGCUCUCUGUUCUUCUCUUCGCUCUGGACAACACAAUUGUCUCGACGGCUCUACCAAGACUCACAUCUCAAUUUAAUGCGCUGGAUCAGCUAACAUGGGUUUUCUCGACUUAUCUACUUACUCAAGCCGGGUUUAUGCUAAUAUUUGGUCAAAUAUUAACCAUUGUGCCAACCAAAUACAUCUACUUGAUGGUUAUUGUCCUCUUCGAAAUUGGCUCCUUGAUAUGUGCCGUCGCCCCCUCAAUGAACAUUCUGAUUUUUGGCCGUGCGAUCGCUGGUCUCGGCGCAAGCGGCAUCUUUACCUCUAUCCUAACUGUUAUGUCCUAUGCGACGAAGCUGGAGCAGAGGCCUUUUUUAUUUGGGACCUUCGGCGCUGUUUUCACUCUCGCUAGCGUGGCAGGGCCACCUUUGGGAGGUGCUUUCACGGACAAUAUCAGCUGGAGAUGGUGCUUCUACAUCAAUCUUCCACUCGGUGCACUGUCCAUAACAGCUAUCGCUUUCCUUCUUCCCUCCCGUUCCCCCGCGCCAAACAAACUCUACGACGGAAUGACGCUACGACAAAAGUUUCUCAAGCUCGAUUUCGUUGGCGGGUUCCUGUCGCUCACUCUGAUCACCAUGUUGUUAAUUCCUCUCCAAUGGGGCGGGAACACGCGUGAAUGGAACGACCCAGUAGUUAUUGGAUUCCUUGCAGGAUUUGGCGCAUUGCUUGCUCUAUACCUUCUCUGGGAGUGGCACAUGGGUGACUACGCUAUUACUCCGUUCAAGAUGUUCAAGAAUCGAACUCAAUGUGGUGCCUCUCUCGAGCUUUUCUUCAUCUUCUUUGCAUUCCUACUCCUCGUUCUGUACCUGCCCUUCCUUUAUCAAGCUAAAGGCUACACGGCAGUCCAGUCUGGUAUCAACAUUAUCCCGCUCCAAAUUGGAAUCGUGAUAGGAAUAAUUCUUAGCAGUAGCGCUAUCCGUGCAACCGGCAAAUAUAAGCCGUGGCUCAUUGCUGGUCCUUGGGUCGCAGCAAUCACAGGCGGUCUGUUCUUCACAGUCGACGUUCAUACUUCGAAUGCCAAGAUCAUUGGCUACCAGAUCCUAUUCGGAUUCGGUACGGGCACAGCUCUCCAAAACACACUUUCCAUUCAAGCCGAGUUCAGCGAUCAACCCGAGCUAAUUCCACAAGCCAGUGCCAUCGUUAGUUUCACCCAACUUGUCGGAGGAACCCUCGGGAUCGCAGUCGCCGGGACGAUCUUUUCAAACAAUCUGGUUCACAGUCUCUCGGGUCCAUUCAGUGACAGUCUCGGUCCCGAACUCGUUCGCGCGGUGCGACAGAGUGUAACCGCCAUCUUUAGCCUUCCCGAACAUCUACGCCAGUCGGUCGUCGACGCAUAUGUCGAUGCGGUGGCGACAAUGUUCAUUGUUAUUGCGCCCGUGAUGGCCCUUGCGGGUAUUUCUGCGUUUGUCAUUCGGGAUUGGAACCUCAAGGAGCGUGGGGCUGUCGCCGGAGGUGUGUCUGGAUGA